AUGGCCGGAGAAAAUCCGAUUGUAUGGCGUUUCAGGCAAAGUAGACCGACUCCGACAUGCAGGCCACGCCAUCAUACCAGUUUUAGCCAACAGAGACUGAAUAAAUGGACAUACAUAUCCACGUCGGAAAAAAAUAUACGAGAGGAGAAGAACUCCGCUGUGGACGAGAUCGCUGUCGUUCGCCCCCCGCUCUUACUGAUCUGA